CCGUCGCCCAGGUGCUAGCAGUUAGCAGCAUCUGGUAAUAUUUUAAGUAAGGCGCAGAUAAUUUGUUCGUCAUGAGCAAGUGAUUAACUUAAUUUCAGUGGCGACAAAGGAAGAUAAGGAACUGCACUCACUAGCAUUGUCUAUUAUUGCGUAAGGUAGCUGAUACUAGAGGAAGCUAGUUAACACAUUAGCUUUAGCUUACAUCCAAAGUUUGACGGGCAGCAUUAGCUAACUGUUAGCAUACCAGUGAAAAAAUAAGUUCUGUUAAAUAAGCAGCACUGUAAAUGCGUACGCCCUGGGUAAUAACACAAAUGUAACGUUACAUUUAUUACUGGCUAAUGUUAGGUAAAUGCCGGUGGUCAGAUGAACUGCUAAUGCUAACGGUGGCUAUUUAAACUUAAUUGAUGCACAUUCAGUUAAACGUCAAUACGUGUCAUAAGACAACACAUAAAACUAGUUAUUGGUGAGCCGCUGUUGAGAAAAUAUUUCCUGUAUAACUACGUAUUUUCUGCUUGAUUCGGGCAAAUCACAGAACCUAAAUGAUAAAUAUCACGAUGACUAACCCAGUAUUGUCUGAAAAACGCAUGCUUGCGAUCAUUCCGGUAAACUUCAUAAUGCAACCACAAUAAAAUUACCGCUGGCUGGCGAACAAAUACCCAAAUACUUUACGAUCUAGUUGUGUAAAGUCUGUACAGUGUGCUUUGGUGAAUUAUGUCUGGGGACGCAUCUGAUAGUAGCGAUGACUCCGAUUCAAAAAGCAACGAGAGCGCCUGCACCGUCAAACAUCACAUCACGAAUGCGAACCUCACAGGCCACACGGAGAGGGUCGGCAUGGAGAACUUUGAGCUGAUUAAAGUCUUGGGCACUGGAGCUUACGGAAAAGUGUUUUUAGUCAGGAAGAACAGCGGUCACGAUGCAGGCCAUCUAUACGCCAUGAAGGUGUUAAAGAAAGCAGCUAUUGUUCAGAAGGCGAAGACAACAGAACACACCCGGACUGAGCGGCAAGUUCUGGAGCACAUCCGCCAGUCCCCAUUCCUGGUGACCCUCCACUACGCCUUUCAGACGCAGAGCAAACUGCAUCUCAUCCUGGAUUAUGUGAGCGGCGGAGAGAUGUUCACACAUUUGUACCAGCGGGACCACUUCCCAGAGGAGGCCGUCCGGAUUUAUAUCGGAGAAAUAAUCCUGGCUCUGGAGCACCUGCACAAGCUUGGGAUUGUGUACCGAGACAUCAAAUUGGAAAACAUCCUUCUCGACAGUGACGGACAUGUGGUACUGACUGAUUUUGGACUUAGUAAAGAGUUCCUGGAAGAAGAGAAGGAAAGGACCUAUUCUUUCUGUGGCACCAUUGAGUACAUGGCUCCAGAAAUAAUUAGGGGGAAGAUGGGACACGGCAAGUCUGUAGAUUGGUGGAGUCUUGGGAUCCUGAUGUUUGAGUUGUUGACAGGAGCAUCUCCUUUUACUUUGGAAGGAGAGAGGAACUCCCAGGGCGAGGUGUCAAAACGCAUUUUACGCUGUGAACCGCCGUUUCCCUCAGUGAUCGGAUCCACUGCCCAGGACCUGCUGAGGAAGUUGUUGGUUAAAGAUCCUCACAAGCGGCUGGGCUCAGGACCGCGAGGGGCUGAGGACAUCAAGGCACAUCCCUUUUUCAAGGGACUGAACUGGGCGGACCUAGCUGAGAAAAAAGUGCCAAGCCCAUUCAAACCAGAGCUAAAAAAUGAGCUUGAUGUUGGGAACUUUGCAGAGGAGUUCACUGGGAUGGACCCUGUCUACUCUCCGGCAAGCACGCCCCCAAGUACAGACCGCCUCUUCCAGGGUUACUCGUUUAUUGCUCCCUCCAUCCUGUUCAAUAAGAAUGCAGUUAUGGGAGACUUUGUCCAGUCCCAGGUCGGUGCUGAUCGACCAGGAUCUGCCUCAGUCCACCGUAGUGCAAUGUUAGAGGAAUCUCAGUUUUUCCAGAAUUAUGAGCUGUGCCUCCAGGGGCCUCCACUAGGGGAGGGUAGUUUUUCAGUGUGCAGAAAAUGCCGACACAAGCAAACUGGCCAUGAGUAUGCUGUGAAGAUCGUCAGCCGCAGAAUGGAGGCAAGCACUCAGAGGGAGGUCGCGGCUUUGAGACAGUGUGAGAGUCACCCCAACAUCGUCAAGCUGUAUGACGUCUACACUGAUCAGUACCACACCUAUUUGGUGAUGGAGCUUCUGCGUGGCGGCGAGCUGUUAGAAAGAAUCAAGAAGAAGAAUCUCUUUGGUGAGGCGGAGGCCAGCCAGCUGUUACAAAGCCUGGUCUCUGCAGUCAGCUUCAUGCACGAGGCUGGAGUUGUGCACAGAGACCUCAAACCUGAGAACGUGCUGUUUGCAGAUGAGGGAGAGGAAUCGGCGUUGAAGGUAAUAGAUUUUGGAUUUGCCCGCCUGUGCCCCGCAGGCAGCGCCCCCCUGCAGACUCCGUGCUUCACUCUGCAGUAUGCCGCACCAGAACUCUUCGACAGUGCAGGCUAUGACAAGUCCUGUGACCUCUGGAGCCUCGGGGUCAUUCUGUACACCAUGCUGUCAGGCCAGGUGCCAUUUCAGAGCGAAGAGCGCGGGAUGACCUCAUCGUAUGCUGCUGACAUCAUGCACAAAAUCAAAGAGGGAGACUUCUCGUUAGAUGGCGAGGCCUGGAAGGGUGUUUCAGAGGAUGCCAAGGAGCUCCUGAAAGGCCUGCUAACAGUAGAUCCAGAGAUGCGUCUUAAACUCUCUGAUCUGAAAGAGAACAGCUGGCUGCAAGGUGGAGCGUCCAUGUCCACCACACCACUGUGCACGCCAGACGUGCUGGAGUCCAGCGGGCCGACCGUGCGCACGUAUGUCAACGCCACGUACAAGGCCUUCAACCGAGGUAAGAGAGAAGGCUUCUUUUUAAAAAGUGUUGACAACGCUCCCCUCGCGAAACGGCGGAAACUGAAGAUGACCAGCACAGGUGUAGAAACACGAUGGAGUUCGUCCUCCUCUUCCUCGUCUUCGUCCACAUCCUCCUCUGCUUCUGCAGCAGUGUCCAAAACACAGCCAAAGCAAAUCAUGACCCCAAAGCAGAGCUAGCCCCAAAGGCACAGGACUGGCACAUUUCCAAAAACACCCAAAUAUUAAGUAUUUAGUUUGCAACGCCAAAUUUGUUUCAAGUUUAUUUCUUUAAAAUGGUAAAUAACUUAUUUCAUGAUGUAUUCUGACCAAAAUCAAACAUUUUUGUUUUUUUUCCCCCCGUUGGACGGCUGCGUUCUUGUUUGCCGUUUUUAAGAUGUGCAGAGAAAAUAUUGCACAGCGUUAACUCACUGUAAUUCGGUGAUGUCACACUCGACGAGGUGAAAAUGACAUUCACUGUGUCUGAGAAACGGUGCCUGGCAUUUAGGGAUAAAGGGAAGAGGGAGCCAUAAAACUGAGCAGAAGCCAUAAUCGUUUACAGCAGAACAGUAUCAAUUUGAGUUGCUAUUUUUUUAAUACACACAAAUUUGUUCUUGGAAACAAACAGUCCUUCCAGUAUUUUGUACACAUUUAAUUGUAUUAUUGUCUUUUUUUUUAUUUUAAACCACUGCCUGUAUAAUCUGCAACAACAGAAACACUUGGAGAGUUUUAUG